CCGCCCAGACAGGAAGUGAAAAUGAAAGACAAGGAGGUUGAAGGGGAGGUGCCAGAAGUUAAUUCGUCUUUCACCGCUAUACAAAUAUUUACUGCAAAGUUAAAUGACAGUGUCAAGUAAGACGAAACGUUAAUAGCGCUAUUUCGUAUUAUUCGGUGACGGCUUCAAAUCAGUGCUGUGCUGUGCUGUGCUGUGCUGUCCGAGGCGAUGAUUAUCAUUGAUGGGAAUAAUCAGGAAUGUGGCUGCUAGUGUGAUUGUAAUUCGUCAGAGUUCAGUCAGAAACAAUCACAAGAUAAUCAUGUCCAGACGGCUUCAUGCACGCAGAACAGACGGUGUGGAUAAAAACGUCUGGGUUGAGUUUACACAGCUAGCAGCAGACUACAAAGCAGUGAACCUCGGACAGGGAUUUCCUGACUUUUCCCCCCCUCAGUUUAUCCAGGAUGCUUUCUGUAAAGCCAUAAAUGGAGGACCCCAAAUGCACCAGUACACCCGAGCUUUUGGCCAUCCUCCUCUUGUAAAAAAUCUGGCUAAAUUCUUCAGUAGGAUUGUAGGACAUGACAUCGAUCCCCUUGAAGACAUCCUGGUGACAGUUGGAGCAUAUCAGGCUCUCUUCUCUGCAUUUCAGGCGCUGGUUGAUGAAGGAGAUGAGGUCAUAAUUGUUGAACCGUUCUUUGACUGCUACCAGCCGAUGGUGGUGAUGGCUGGUGGAAAGGCGGUGUAUGUGCCUCUGAGACCAAGAGAGGGCAGCACUGUGCUGUCGAGUGGAGAUUGGGUUCUUUCUGCAGAGGAACUGGCCAGUAAAAUCACUCCACGCACAAAAGCCAUUGUUAUCAACACUCCCAACAACCCACUGGGCAAGGUUUAUAAGACUGAGGAGCUCCAGAUGAUUGCAGAUCUGUGUAUCAAACACAAUUUGCUGUGCAUCAGUGAUGAGGUGUACGAGUGGCUCACAUAUGAUGGAGCCAAGCAUGUAAAGAUAGCCAGCCUUCCUGGUAUGUGGGAACGAACUGUUACUAUUGGGAGUGCUGGAAAGACCUUCAGUGCGACUGGAUGGAAGGUUGGCUGGGUCAUCAGCUCUGAACAUUUAAUCAAACACAUGAAAACCAUCCAUCAGAACUCUGUUUACCACUGUGCAACAGCUGCUCAGGAGGCAGUAGCUCACGGAUUUGAGAGGGAAUACGAGAUGUUUGGGAAACCAGAGAGCUACUUCAAGCAACUUCCUGCCAUGCUCCAUCACAAGAGAGAGAAGCUGGCCUCGUGUCUGCAGAGCGUUGGUUUACAGCCCAUCAUGCCAGAGGGAGGCUAUUUCAUGAUCACUGACGUCUCCUCCAUCAAGGUAAACCUCAAUGACCAGAGCAACACGGAUGAACCCUUUGACUUUCGAUUUGUUAAAUGGCUAAUUAAAGAGAAGGGUUUGGCAACAAUCCCCGUCUCUGCGUUCUACAGUCCAGAGCACAGGAAGGAGUUUGACAAAUACAUUAGAUUCUGUUUCGUCAAGGAGGACUCCACGCUGGAAGCAGCAGAGGACAUCUUGAGAAAGUGGAGUCAACAAGAAUAAAAUUAGCCGUGCUGUGAGGCAUUGUCCGUCCAUUUAUAGUUGACUUUAUCGGGCUUCUUAAAGUGGUUUGGUCUGCUUCCUCAGGAAAAAUAUGACAGUAUUCUGUGUUUUUGAUGAGCAUCUACUUUCAGGAAACUCAUACUAACUUGUCAAUAAUUAUAAAAGAACUGUAUAGUUGAUUUUUUUUUUUAAAUUAAAUUAAGCACCUCUACUGUAUGUCACAUUUAAACUGCAGGGAUAUUUGUCUAAAAUCACACUAAGCAAAGAGUUUAAUAAAGCUUUCAUAAAUUGUUCUAGGUAACUCCUCUGUGCCCUGUAGCCUUGUUAAAACUUUAUUUGGCUCUUGUCUGAUCAAUAAAUUUGCAUAUUAUA